AUGGCCUCUACCCCGCUCGCCAGCGCAAACGCCGCUGAUCCCUCCUCCCGCAAGGUCUUCACCAUUGGGACGCGCAAGUCCAAGCUCGCUCUGCUCCAAACCGAUUUGGUCCAGGCCGCCCUCAAGGCCAAAUGGCCCGAAUAUGAAUUCAAGAUCCACUCGCGUGAAACCGCCGGCGACCAGAACACCACCAUCGCGCUGCGGGACUUCACCACCAAGAAUCUGUGGACUCAGGAGUUGGAGGAGUUGUUGAUGGCCGGUCAUGUGGACCUCAUUGUGCAUUCGCUCAAGGAUGUCCCCACUCUGCUGCCGCCCUCAUGCACGCUGGGCCCGAUGAUGGAUCGGGAAGAUACGCGCGACGUCUUGGUCGUCAAGCAGGGAUUGCCGUACAAGAGCCUGGCCGACCUGCCUGCGGGUUCGGUGGUGGGCACCUCCUCCAUCCGCCGGACAGCCCAGUUGGCGCGGCGGUACCCCCAUCUCAAGGUUACGGAUGUUCGCGGAAACAUCGGCACUCGUCUGUCGAAGCUGGACGCGGAGGAUAGCCCGUACGCCUGUCUGAUCCUGGCGGCCGCCGGACUGCUCCGUCUGGACCUGCAGGAUCGCAUCACCGCCUAUCUGGACUCCCAGAACGCCGGCAUGCUCUACGCCGUCGGGCAGGGGGCGCUGGGGAUCGAGGUCCGCAAGGAUGAUCGGCUUGUGCUCGACAUGUUGUCGGGCAUCGGUCACCAGGAGACGACUCUGGCCUGUUUGGCGGAGCGCAGCCUGCUGCGCACCCUGGAGGGUGGCUGCAGUGCCCCCCUGGGUGUCGAGUCGGAGUGGGUUCGUGAUGCCGAUGGCUCGUCCAAGUUGAGGAUGCGGUCGGUUGUCGUCAGCGUGGAUGGCAGUGAGAGCUCCGAGGUGGAAGUGGAUGGCUCUGUGGAUACCCCUCAGGCUGCUGAGGAGUUCGGGGUCACGGUCGCCAAUGCUCUGGUGGCCAAGGGCGCUGGAAAGAUCCUCGAAGAGAUCCAGCGGAACAAGCAGGCAUCUCAAUGA